AUGGAAGAGGAAAGGACUGUGGAGAAAGUUAAAGAAAUGCUUCAAAGAUACUCUUCGAGAGGAGGUACAUUCUCCGAGGGAAGCUUCCUAUCGGACAUCGAUGCGCCAUCAGACAUAUCCUUUACAUCUUGGGAGGAAGAGCUGACUGGAAGAAUCAUAAAGUCACUAAAAUAUUGUAAGGAGAUGACAGAGAUGGCCAGGAGAAGGAAAGGUUGCAUUUCAAGGAAAGAAGUCAUAGAAUGUAUGUCGAUCCUUGAUAGUAUAAAAAGAAAUAUAGAGGAGCCAAGAGAGGUAAGGAAAGGAUGGAUAAUCUUGGCAGUAUCUGUAGGAAUAGGGCUGAUUGGAAUAGCAUAUGUCUCUGCCAAACACUGUCUUUAG